UGGUUGGAUCAUGCUGAUAAUGUCAAGUGUCACAAGUAGUACUAAAAGCUACUCAGGCUUUCUUCAGCGGUGCAUUGCUGCUGAAGGACGAUCGCACCAUCUCCUAUCAGCCAUGGUUAAUUUGCAAUGCAGAGCUCCGUAUUCAUAUAAGGCAAGUCCAUUAACAAAUUCGGUUUUAGACUGAAACAUGCACAAAUAAUGGAUAGCAUCAAGUGACAGCACUUUCCCGAUUCCAUUUAUCACCAGUAUUUUACGGCUGUGAUAGUGUGGUUGAGACAAAAUUCUACAUUUCCUAAUCUGUACUGACUGACGAAUACUGAUGGAGACAACUUAGCCUGGAAAAAAAAAAAAUUCCAAAUCAACUGAGAAAAGUUGAUUCUGAUGGAAGAAGCACAUGGUUGUUCUACGUCUAGUCCUCCUGAAUUGGCCUUAUCUCAUGACAGUGGUCAGAGGUCUAUUUUCAAUGGCCAUGUGAAGAAAAGAGGUCAUUUAAGUCGUUCUUGGAUAAAAAUUGAUCGGAAUGGGAAUUCACAGAUUGUGACACUGGACAAGGCUACUAUUAUGAGAUAUUGUUCUUUGCCUUCAAGGGAUCUCAGACUAUUGGAUCCUAUGUUCAUUUAUCCUUCUAGCAUAUUAGGACGGGAAAAGGCAAUUGUAGUCAACCUUGAGCAAAUCCGGUGCAUAAUCUCCGCUGAUGAGGUUUUCCUGAUGAACUCCUUGAAUGGCAGUGUUGGCCAAUACAGGUCGGAGUUAUGCAAUCGACUUCAGAGAGAAAAAUCUGAUGAUCUGCCUUUUGAAUUUUGGGCAUUGGAGCUGGCUUUGGAAUUGACAUGCACGUUUUUAGAUGCUCAGGUCAAUGAACUCGAAAUGGAAGUAUAUCCAGUGUUAGAUGAACUGGCCUCAUCAAUCAGUACUCAAAAUCUAGAACGUGUUCGAAGAUUUAAAGGUCAUCUACUUGCUCUGACUCAGCGAGUUCAAAAGGUUCAUGAUGAAAUAGAACAACUCAUGGAUGAUGAUGGUGAUAUGGCUGAAAUGUGCCUGAGCGAGAAGAAGAGAAGAUCAGAUCCUUACCCAAAUGACCUUGGUCUUCAAACUCACAGGUCACGUAGUGUAAAAGUGAUUUCAAAAUCAGCUCCUGCUUCACCAGAUAGGUCCAUUAGUGGGGUCCGGAUGUUACAAAGGGCUUUCAGCAGCAUUGGAAAUUCGAGUAAACAUGAGAGUCUUACAAGUUCUUCUGAUCAUGCAGAAAAGAUUGAGCCACUGGAAAUGUUACUUGAAGCAUACUUUGUUGUCAUUGAUAAUACUCUUAACAAGUCAUUGUCGCUCAAAGAAUAUAUAGACGACACUGAAGAUUUUAUCAACAUAAAAUUGGGAAAUAUUCAGAACCAACUCAUACAAUUUCAGUUGCUUCUUACAGCAGCAACAUUGGCAGCUACAGUAUUUGCAACUGUGACAGCAGUUUUUGGAAUGAACUUUGAAACCCCCGUUUUUGAUGAUCCAUGUGCAUUCGAUUUAGUUGUGAUAAUCACGGGAAUUGCUAGUGCGGUCAUGUACGUCCUUUUUAUAGUUUGCUAUAGGUGCAAGAGAAUUGUUCCAGUAUAAAGUGCACUCCACUGGGAUUUUGAAAUCCAAGUGGAUAAAUCUAAUUGGAGUGCAGGUUUUGACAUACUGAUAUUUCUAAUGGUAAAACCGAGAAAUAUAAUCCACGGAUUUUAUGA